UGGGAGAUUAUGCUUCUACUUGGGUAGGUAUCGCACGCACUCAGGCCUAGCCACCGUGUACCGAGUGCUCAGCUGAGGUGUCCUACCCUGCGUAGAUCGAGGGUCGUUCAUCGUCCGGCGGCUUCCCUUUAAUGGCUCUUAUCACGUCGUGUCACUGGAGACGAGGAAGAUCGCGUUCGAGGCCUCGCGAAUGCCUGGUGGUCUCGAGAGCUUAGCGCGGUACGACAUACCGGCUCCGUUUCGCGAGGAGGUCUCCAGGCGUGAUGGCGGCAAGUGUAUAUUCACAAGAUGUACGGCUAUGGAUAGCGGUCCCGUGGACGUGCGUUGGAUAUACCCUCCAGGGAUGGCGCGCUACAUCACAACGCUCAGCGCGGAAAGGCCGUUCUUCCCGCGAACCGAAGGUUUCCAAAAUCCUGACAACCUCAUGAGCGUGCGGGAUGACAUCUAUAAAUUGUGGCAUGCGAAUGCGUUCAGCGUUGACGUUGAUCACGAGAACCGAAUCCGCAUCUUCGACGAAACAGCGAUGCACGCCGGCCUACCUGCUCAUCUCGAAGUAAUUCCGAAAGGUUCUGCCUCACACACCUUCCGCGAGCAUUUUCGCCACACGUUAUGCGUUCACUUCAUCGGCGGGGACAUUCAGACCGACUACGACCCUCAAACGGUCAAUGCAUAUCUUGUGGAGAACGGUCUUGACGAGGAGGGUACUCUCGAUGACUUUGAUCCCUCAGAUGAGAUAUUCCAGACGAUCAUUGGGAGAGAAGUCCUGGAGUGCGUGAUUGCGGAAAGGCUGAGGCGGCGAUGUGAGGAUACGGACGAUGGGGACGAUGGAGACCACUCGGAGUAGCAUAAAAGCGUUGGGUAUCUGUAGUAGUACGCUCUUCUGUAUCAGGAACAUCCAGCCCGAUACGCAGACGACAUGUUCUAGCACCCGACAAUUCCAAGGAUACACCGUAGUUGAGUCCAGGUUUCAGAAUAGACAUGAAUCAAGGGGAAUGGAUCGGUGUGUCGAGGCUGUUCAAACAAGUGGGUAUAUGCACGACGUGUGAGAUGCAUG